AAAACUGCUAAUAAGAUGCAUCUCACUUUCACGAAAUGUAAAGGAAAAUUAACGGUUUGAUGAAAAGCUGUAACGCUCAAUCAGUGAAUGUCUUGCGAUUCCGAAACUUCUCUGCGUAUGCAUGUCUGCCUUGCGUGCCUACAAUUCAUGGGACCUGAGGGGAGACUGAAAACUAAUGACCUGAAGGGAGACUGAGAACUAACAAUCUAAAAGCAAGAUGGCGACUAAGACGACCCACAGCAGAAGCGGUGUUAAACUUGGAACACCAAGUGUGUUUCGGUCAAGGCAAGCUGAAGAGGAAGACUUUCCACGAGGUGGUGCUUCCUCACUCAGUCCACUUGAAGUGAGGAAAAUCAAGCAUGAAGCAGAGAGGGAUGUUCUUUUUGUGAAGCCAUCGUCAGAUUUAGAACGAAAUGUUUUUAAAAGCAAAGAGAAAAAGAAGAAAGUCAAGAAAACUGCUGCUGCAGGAAAUGAGUUAAAUGGAAAAGUUGAAUUAGAAGGGAAAUCAAAACUUAAACUUGUGGAGCCUCUCACAUUCAAGAAACUCUAUGUGGGGAUGAAAAUUUUGGGAGCAAUACGAGAAGUGAAUGAAUAUGACAUGGCCAUCAGUCUGCCAAACGGACUGAGUGGAUUUGUUCACAUUACACAUGUAAAUGAGAAGAUCACCGAAAGAUUAAAGGAGGUGUUACAGGCUGAUGACACAGACAGUAAAGAGACAGAGACAACUAGUUUUCCAGAGCUUGCUAAAUUCUUCACUGUUGGAACCCUGGUUCAGUGUUCAGUGUUGGAACUGGAAGGUUCCAAGCCUGGUCAAAAGAAAAUCAAAUUAUCUUUGGAUCCUAAAGGUGUUAACAGUGGGCUCAGCAAGUCAUCUCUGAAGCCAGGAAUGGUAGGCAGAAGAAUAUUUAAACAGGAUGUAGAUGUAGAUGUAGCUAAGAGCUACAUGUGGCUACUGGCUAAUUUAUCAUGGAUGUACCUGCUGACUCUUGUGAAUGCCUUGGCCAUGAACCUCAGGUCUGUGGGUCAGAAAACUUUGAUCUCAAGCCCACUCCACCACAAACUCUAUGUGGGGAUGAAAAUUUUGGGAGCAAUACGAGAAGUGAAUGAAUAUGACAUGGCCAUCAGUCUGCCAAACGGACUGAGUGGAUUUGUUCACAUUACACAUGUAAAUGAGAAGAUCACCGAAAGAUUAAAGGAGGUGUUACAGGCUGAUGACACAGACAGUAAAGAGACAGAGACAACUAGUUUUCCAGAGCUUGCUAAAUUCUUCACUGUUGGAACCCUGGUUCAGUGUUCAGUGUUGGAACUGGAAGGUUCCAAGCCUGGUCAAAAGAAAAUCAAAUUAUCUUUGGAUCCUAAAGGUGUUAACAGUGGGCUCAGCAAGUCAUCUCUGAAGCCAGGAAUGAUAAAAGAAGAUAUGAGGUUAAAAUUCUCAGCACUUCUUCCUGGCAUGCUGGUUAAGGCAUCUGUGACUCAGGCAACUCGUAGUGGUCUAAUCCUGAAUUUCCUUGGGGGAUUUGAAGGCUCUGCAGACAUCCUUCAUUUGCCCAAUUGUGGUGAAGGAGAUGGACAAGACUUGGAAGCUACUUAUCCAAAGAAGACAAAGGUUAAAUGUCGUCUGUUGUAUGUGAAUGUGAAUACCAAGACAGUGGGACUAAGCCUUCAAGAAAAUGUCAUUUCCAAUGAAGCUGCCAGCUUUGGUCAUUGGUCAGUUGGUGAUGUCGUUGAUGAUGCUACUGUUAUCAGAGUGGAUCAGGGACUGGGUCUACUAUUGAGGCUGUCUGAUGAUAUUCUUGGAUUUACUCAUAUUUCAAGAGUAGCAGAUGAACAUGUGGACAAACUGGGAAAGAAAUACAAAGUUGGAAGCACCCACAGGUGUCGUAUUCUUGGCUUCAACUCCUUAGAUGGUUUGGUUAACCUGACCAUGGAAAAGUCAGUCAUUGAGCAGCCAUUCUUGCGCUAUCAUGAUAUCAAGCCUGGAGCUGUGAUCAAGGGCAAGAUAAUAACUUUAGAGAAGUUUGGAAUGCUCGUUUCUGUAUCAGACCACAUCAGAGGCUUGUGCACUACACUUCAUUUAGCAGACAUUAAUCUUCAACACCCAGAGAAGAAACUGAAAGAAGGAAAAGUCGUCAAAUGCAGGGUUCUUUCAGUCGAGCCAGAUCGUCGCCGAAUGCUGUUGACUCACAAGAAGACUCUAGUGGAGUCCUCUCAUCCUCUUAUCACUGAUUUCAGUGAUGCUAAGCCAGGAGUCAGCUCUCACGGUUUCAUCACCACCAUCAAAGACUUUGGCUGUCUUGUGACAUUCUAUAAUAAUGUCAAGGGAAUUGUGCCUAGAACUGAACUUGGGAUUCCAGCUGAUACUGAUCCUCGAAGUGCGUUCUACAUUGGUCAAGUGAUGUUGUGCCAUGUCGUCAAUUGUCAGCCUGAUCAGGCCAAAUUAAAAAUUUCAUUUAAGACAAGCUCCAGGCCUGGUCCUGCUCUGGAGGAUGACAAAGCAGUAGGGGCUUUGUUAGAGGCCGAUGUGGUGGGCAGUACCCCUGAAGGCUUGGACGUCUUAGUUCAUUCCGGCGGUGCGCCAGCAUUUCUUCCAGUUACCCAUUUGUCUGACCAUCUGAGUAACUGUGAGGCUCUUCUUUCUGUGUACAAACCCUCAACUAGAUUGACAAAUGUUGUUUAUUAUGGCAAGAGCAAGGACAAGUCUAUUACGGUCUCUUUGAAGCCGUCUCUUGUGAAAGCAGCAUCAGAGAAGAGCCUUCUGACCAACUUCAAGGACGUGGAGGUGGGGAUGAUCUUGCCAGGUUUUGUCAAGAAAGUGAUGAGUUAUGGAAUCUUCAUCGAAUUCUCUACAGGAAUAUUUGGCCUUGCUCCAAACUCUUUUCUAGCUGAUCAGUUUGUGUCUGAACCUGCAACACACUUUCAGACUGGACGGACAGUCAUGGCAAAGGUGACUGAAAUUGAUGUGGAGAGACAGAGAUUUCUUGUCAGCCUCAAAAUGUCGGACUGUUACCCAGAUCAGAGUACGGAAGGAAGCUCUGCGCCUGGUGUGGAGUUGCUGGAAAGUUAUGUCUCAGAGAGACGGCACAUUAUCCAGCAGCUGGCAUCGAGUUCAGAGGAGAUGAAGGUAUUGACCUCCCUGAAUCCUGGAGCCUGGGUUGAAGCAAAGGUUCUCCAUGUAAAAUUUCAAGGCAUCUUAUUGCAGCUUGCAGAGGGUGUACAAGGCUUUGCUCCCAACCAGCUGGCAAAAGGAGUCAGCUGCGAGCCAGGCGAGGUUGUGUUUGGCUGUGUGUUGGACUGGGAUUUGGACAAGAAAUUAGUGGUAGUAUCCUUAACCCCAGAGCUAGUAGCAGAGAGGAAGGCUGUGGAGGCUCAUAAAGGGAAGCAAAAGAAGCUGAGAAGUGGACGAAUCAUUGAUGCUUGUGUUCAGCUGAUCAGAGAUAACUACAUUAUAGUCACGCUUCCUCAACAUAACUACAGGCUGGCUUACGCUCCAACUAAGCUGCAUUUGAAUGAUAUCCGGGAUGCGUCCAAGCGAUUUGCGGUGGGGCAACAAUAUUCCUCUGUUGUUCAAAGGCUAGGUAAGCCGGAAGACGGUAUAUUACCUUUGGUGUCACUUCAAGAAAAACACAUUGAAAAGGAAAAUGUGAUACCUGGAGCUAUUACCACAGCGCAGGUGAAGUCAAUUAAGGAUCUUCAAAUGAACGUCAAUCUGUGCGGUGGAAAAUUUCAUGGAAGAGUUCACGUCACACAAAUUUGUGAUGACGUAAUAGAGGGAGAAUCACCACUGAAGGCCUUCCAUAAUGGAGACAAAGUACAGGUCAAAAUUCUUGGAUUUCGAGACACAAAGACACACAAGUUUUUACCAAUAACGCACAGAAAUUUCACCAAAGCAGUGGCUGAGCUUACCAUGAAACCAAGUGAGUUGUCGACAAAUAGCGCUGAACAACAGAGUGCACCAGCUGAUAGCAGUGAAGGAAUAGAGGUCGACAAGAAACUUGUGGAGUACAAAGUUGGCGAAGAAGUUAAUUGCUACGUGAAGUCGGCCUCGGAACAUUGUGUGUGGAUGAUGGCGAGUCCGUCUGUCAAUGGGAGAGUUGUGCUGUUGCACGCGUCAUCUGAUUUGGAGGUGUUAAGGUCGCUCAAGACUCAUUUCAAGCCGGGAGAUGCCUACAGAUGUGUCGUGUUGAGCGUUGACGGAGAAAGACGUUUGCUGGAUCUUUCCCUGACCGUCAAAGCUGAUUCUGCCGUUGAGGCUGACCAGUUAUUAGUUGGGCAGGUUACCAAGAUUCUUCCCGACCAAGGACUCCUCGUUCGGCUACCGAUGUACAAAUGUGGCUUGGUUGCUCUGACAGACCUCAGGGACAGCUAUGUUGAAAAUCCUUUGGAAAACUUUGAAGUCAUGCAGCUCGUAAGGUGCUUCGUUUUGUCAGCAAAGGAAAAAGACCACUUUGAUCUGUCACUUAGACCUUCAAGGACCGAAGCAGUGUCAACAGCUAAUGAGGAAGUUACAGAAACCAGUAACGUGGAUCGCGAGAUCAAAAGCUUGAAAGACUUGAAAGAAGGAGACAUAGUCCGAGGCUAUGUAAAGAGCUGCUCUGACUGUGGUGUUUUUGUCAGCCUCGCACAUCACAUUGUCGCUAGGGUACAGAUAAAGAACCUUUCGCAAUAUUAUGUGAAGCAGUUUAAACCUCUAUUUCCUCAGGGAAAGCUAGUCAAAGGCAAAGUGUUAAGUAUUGACCCAACCAAAAAUCACGUGGAAUUGUCCUUAAAAGGGACAGACGUUGGGGGACCGGACCCCGCUCCAAAGCCAAAGCGGUUAGAAGAAAAAGAGAAGAAUGACAAGGAAAGGAAAGAACAGAAAAGAAAGCGAAAGAAAGCAAAGGAUAGUGAAACAAAGGACGAAUCAGACGACGAGGCAGAAGAAAUAUUGAAGAGACUCAAGACAGACUCUGAUCAGGAGGAUAGUCAUGGAGGUGAAAGUGAGGAAGAAGACGAAGAAGUCGAAAGCAGUUCGAAUGAAGAGGAACAUGACAGCAAUAAGCACCAACCAAAUGGAGUGCCAAGAUUACAGCUUUCCAGUGGAUUUGACUGGAGUGAGGAGGGAAAUAUUGGAGAGAAGACACAGAACAACAAGAGAGAGCAUGAAAAUGACGAUGAAAGCAGCGACAGUGAAACGGAAGUUAGCGAACAGGUUGCACGUAAGAGGAGCAAGAGGCAGAAGAGGGCAGCCAAGAAAGCCGAAGAAGAUUUCCUAUACAAGACGGAACAGUCCCUUUUAGAUCAGGAUCGUGUACCGGAGACUGCUGAAGACUUUGAUCGUGUCGUCUUGUCAUCCCCCAACAACUCAGUGGUGUGGUUACAGUACAUGGCGUUCCACCUUCAUACCACAGACAUCGACAAGGCACGGGCAGUGGCUGAGAGAGCCCUCAAGACAAUAUCAUUCAGGGAAGAGCAAGAAAAGCUGAACGUGUGGGUGGCCCUGAUGAACCUAGAAAACUUGUACGGUACUCAAGAGUCCCUUGUGAAGGUGUUUGAGCGAGCCCUCCAACAGAAUGAGCCCAAAAAGGUCUUCUUUCAACUUAUCGGUAUUUACUCAAGAACGGACAAAUUAGAGUUGGCCGAGCAGUUAUACCAAACUAUGAGCAAGCGAUUCAGUCAAAGCAAAAAGGUCUGGGUCGGUUUUGGAGCGUUCUACAUGAAGCAGGGAAAGCUUGACCUGGGCAGAAAAUUACUGCAAAGGAGUCUAAAGAGUCUCCCAAAGAGGAAACAUGUUGAAACAAUAGUCCAGUUCGCUCUGCACGAAUUCAGAUAUGGCGAGCCACAGCGAGGGCAGACGAUGUUCGAAAGCAUUCUGACUAACUACCCCAAGAGAAGCGAUCUGUGGUCAGUGUAUCUGGAUAUGAUGAUCAAACAAGGAGACGUCGAGCUUGUUAGGCAAAUAUUCGAGAGAGUGAUUCACAUCAAUCUGUCUUCCAAAAAGAUGAAGCUUUUCUUCAAACGGUACCUGGACUUUGAACGGAAGUAUGGCGAUGCUUUUAGUGUAGAAAAUGUCAAGACUAAGGCGAUGGAAUACGUUGAAUCCAAAGCGGCCUUAAGUUAACAACAGUGCGGGAGGAACUGCGGUGAUGAGUUGGAAAGAUCAUCUCUUGAUAGGAACACUGAAAUUACUAAGAGCGACAGCAGAUCAUUUUGCCAUCCUGUGAUUCUCUAGGAAUUAACUUAGUUUGUUAAGUGGAGGUCCACGAGAAUUUAACGCUUGAGUUGGAGUCCCGAACAAAGAUCAAGUAGCCGAAAGCACCUUUCGUACUUCUCCGCGCUGGGUUCACAGCGGUCCAACACAAACCUGGUUUUCUUUGCCUUGAAGUCUGUGAGACUUUGUGUUCCUUUGCGGAGUUUGUGUUCUAUAAUCCGUAAUUGCUACACUGUAUGAGUGGUUUACGUAUAUUAGCUUUGUUCAUUGUAUUGUCACUGUUUGUUGUGAUUGGUCAUUUUUGGUCUUUUGACUCCAAAAUGAGAACUGCCGUAUUUAAAUUGUAUGUUAAAUUCAGGCUUCUAGUUUCAAGUUAGCUUAUAUAUUUUCAAUAUUUAUUUAUUUUUUUGUUUGUUUGUUUGUUUGUCUUUUUUGUUGUUGUUUUUGGUUGUUGCUGCGUGCAUUUAUGUGAUUUUUCGAACCUUUUAAAAUGGCACAGAAAAAAGAAAAUGACAGAAACUAGUGAAGAUUAAUUAUACCUGCAGCUCGAAUGACGUGUCAGCAGUUAACUGACAACGAAUGCUAUUUGAAAUAAAUGAUAGCAAAUGCAAA